CGUUCUUCUGUCUUUGGAGUUCUACUCUCAGCAUCCUUUCCCAACUUCCCACAUGAGGCGCAACAGUCAUACCUUUUUACGCUUGGCGUACACCAGCCAAUUUUCUAAAUCUCUAGAUUUCUUGAUCACGUGCUAUAUGAAGAAUAUCGAAUAUCGACUCUGAAUUUCAUUAGAAAUUGCCCUGUAAAAUCUAUUCUGAUAUGGAUCAAGAUUUUAUACAGUUCGCAGAUGAAAUCGUCCUAGGCGAAAGUGUACAAAGAUCAAGUUGUUCAAAAUGCAGACGUCCUGAAAGAGUUUGUUGGUGCUCAUAUUUACCAAAGGUACCUGUGACAAUCAAUGGUAAAAUCAUUGUUUUGCAACAUCCUGAUGAAGAGAAAAGAAAUCUUAAAACAGGACCAAUGCUUUUCCAUGGAAUGGCAAGUGGUCAAUGUAUUAUUUAUUAUGGAAAGAAGUUCCCUUCUGCAAAACAUGAAGGAUUAAAAGAAAUGCUGGAGGAACAAUAUACUUAUGUCCUAUAUCCUGGCCCUCAGUCUCGGAGCAUCACAACAGUAUCAGAUAUUCAUCCAAAAGGAGCACCAUAUAAUCUGGUUUUGAUUGAUGGAACAUGGCAGCAAGCCAAAUCUAUGUAUUUUCAUAGCACUUUCCUUCACUCAUUGCCUCAGGUUUCCCUGCCAGAGCUGGGUCCAAGUCUGUAUGUUAUCAGGACUCAGCCAUCAGAAUAUUGCCUAUCAACGGUGGAGUCUGCAGCAUUAGCAAUAUCUAUAAUGGAAGAAGAUAAAAGCAUUGUUGAUACAUUAGUUCAUCCCUUGAAAGCAUUAUGCACAUUUCAAUUGAAUUAUGGUGCAGUAGAACACCAGGAUAAGGUUACACUUUUGGAAUUAGGGCAGUAUAGAAAACCAGUAGGAAAACGCACCAUGAAAUUCCUUAGUGCCAUCGACCAAAGGGGAUGCACUUUGUGGAUUGGAAUUUUUAUUUGCUAAUAGCUCAUGCAGCCUCCUCAUUUCAUCAAGGUCCCUGUAUAAAUGUUGUUCUAUGUGAUCCAUGCGUGGCUGUAAGGCAUCCAUCUAAAUGAAAUGCAAGUGGUCAUUUUAA